UUUCUGUUUUAAAACGCAAUAAACCUUGACAGGAAGCAUACGCAAACAAAUAAUAACGUGUAUUAAGAAAAUAAAAAAUAUUAAUAAAAAUUUAAAAAAAAAAACUAUUUUAAAAAUAAUAAUUAAACGCUAGAAUGAUUACAGAAAAGUUUAUUUCUCAUAAUAAAAACAAACAAUAUUCAAACACACAAAAUUAAACAAUAUUUGUUUAAAUUAUAAAACAAAAAUAUAUAAUAUAAAUUAUAAAUUAUAAAAGAAAAAUAAAAUACAUAUUUUAUGUAUAAUGUUUAAUUAUUACUAAAGUGUGGUACAGUGAAAAGUGAAUCAUCAUCAUACAAAUCAGGAGAAUUUCAUGUUAAAUUGUAUAAAGUGAAGUGAAUUACAGUGAUAACACAAAAAUACAAAAACAAAAUUAAAAGAAAAAAGAAAAUAUAACCUCAAAACAUAUUGUAAACCGCAAAAAAUUGCACUGUGUUGCUGCAAUGUUUUAUUAUAUAAAAUAAUAAUAAAAAUACAAACAUCUGUAGAAAAAAAGUAAAAAAAGUAAAAAAGAAAAAUUAAUUCAAUAUAAUUUUGCUGUUAUCGGGUAUAAAUAAAAAAAGAAAAUACACACUUCGUUAUAAAUAUUGUAAUCGUGUUUUACUAUAGUACAAUCUUCUCAUAUAUAUUUUUAUAUAAAUAUAUUAUCAUAAAUCGCUAAACGAGUUGAAAAACAAAGUCAACAAACCGAAAACCCACCAACAAACCCAAAACCAACUGAAUAAAAUAUAAAAUGCACAAAUACAAACACAAGUAAAUAUAAUUACACACAUACAUAGUGCAUAUGUAAUUGCAUAUGUGUAUGUAACCCGUUACUGCGCACCUUAUUGUUAUUAUUAUUAAUAUUAUGCCUGUAAGCCCUUUUAAACAUUAAAAAAUAAUAAUAAUAACGUUUUGAAUAAAAACGCAGUUUAUCGCUUCAAAUCAUUUUGUGGCCGUAUAUUAUUAGCAACAUUUCCACAGCAUUUGGCAACAAUGUUGAUCGAAUUUCUACGAAACCAUGGAACCUACAAAUGCAUGCUUAAUGUCACGAAAUUAAUGAGGAAUUAAAAUUGAAUGCAGCAAAUAAUCACGUUUUUAUAACUCCUGAUAAAACGCAAUACAAUCAAAUAGUUUGAAAUUGUGUCAGAGAAAAAAAGCAAAAAAAUUGUUUGGAAAACAAUAAAAGUGUUGUCGUUUCCUUAAACUCUAUUCACAUUGGCGUGUAAAAUAAAAGCCUCAAACUGACGCCAACACCGACAAAAAUGUCAACGGAGCGUGAGCUGGCUCCUGGUGGGCCAGCUCAGCUCCACAGCUUACCUAUGACGUUUCCCGAUAUAGGAGCUACACUGGCAGUGGGUAUUAUUGGAAAAGUUUAUGAAACACAAUGGACUCCUUCGCCCACAAGGCCUCAGAGCCCUUCGCAACAGCAGACUAGCUUCGAUACACUCACAUCACCACCAGCACCUGGUUCAUCUGUGAAUCCCACCGCUGUAACCAGCCCAAGUGCUUCUAGUGUUGCUGUAGGUGGUGCCGUGGGUGGCGCAUCGUCCACCCAAGCAGCUGUUGCCUCCGCUUUAGGUGCUUCAUCGACCGUAACGGCAGCAACAGCAGCAGCGGCCGCUACUCCCACCACCCAACCUGAACUGCCAGUAUUUACAUGUCCUCGUCGUCCCAAUUUGGGUCGUGAAGGUCGUCCCAUAGUACUGCGCGCUAAUCAUUUUCAAGUUAGCAUGCCCCGUGGUUAUGUACACCACUACGAUAUCAAUAUACAACCGGAUAAAUGCCCGCGUAAGGUUAAUCGUGAAAUUAUCGAAACUAUGGUUCAUGCGUAUAGUAAAAUUUUCGGUGUUCUAAAGCCUGUAUUUGAUGGUCGCAAUAAUUUGUAUACGCGCGAUCCUUUACCAAUAGGUAAUGAUCGUUUGGAAUUGGAGGUUACUUUACCCGGUGAGGGUAAAGAUCGUAUAUUCCGUGUUACCAUUAAGUGGAUGGCUCAAGUGUCAUUGUUUAAUUUGGAAGAGGCUUUAGAAGGUCGUACCCGUCAAAUACCCUACGAUGCUAUAUUAGCUUUAGAUGUGGUAAUGCGUCAUUUACCCAGUAUGACUUAUACGCCAGUAGGUAGAAGUUUCUUUAGUUCUCCAGAUGGCUACUAUCAUCCCUUGGGUGGUGGUCGUGAAGUAUGGUUUGGUUUUCAUCAGAGUGUACGUCCUUCCCAAUGGAAAAUGAUGUUAAAUAUUGAUGUCUCUGCUACGGCCUUUUACAAGUCGCAACCUGUUAUUGAUUUUAUGUGUGAAGUUUUGGAUAUAAGAGACAUUAAUGAACAGCGCAAACCUUUGACAGAUUCUCAACGUGUCAAAUUUACUAAAGAAAUUAAAGGACUUAAAAUUGAAAUCACUCAUUGUGGUCAAAUGAGACGUAAAUAUCGUGUUUGCAAUGUCACCAGAAGACCAGCACAAAUGCAAUCAUUCCCUCUACAACUUGAAAAUGGUCAGACGGUAGAAUGUACCGUAGCGAAAUAUUUCCUUGAUAAAUAUCGCAUGAAAUUACGUUUCCCCCAUUUACCGUGUCUACAAGUAGGACAAGAACACAAACACACUUAUUUACCCUUGGAAGUCUGUCACAUUGUGGCCGGACAAAGAUGCAUAAAGAAAUUGACAGAUAUGCAAACAUCUACCAUGAUUAAAGCCACCGCACGCUCAGCACCCGAUCGUGAACGUGAAAUUAAUAAUUUGGUUAAGAGAGCCGAUUUCAAUAAUGAUUCUUAUGUACAAGAAUUUGGUCUUACCAUUUCAAACUCUAUGAUGGAAGUAAGGGGACGUGUUCUACCACCACCCAAACUGCAAUAUGGUGGACGAGUUUCUAGCAUGACCGGACAACAACUAUUUCCACCACAAAACAAGGUAUCUUUAGCCUCACCCAAUCAGGGUGUUUGGGAUAUGCGUGGCAAGCAGUUCUUUACGGGUGUAGAGAUUAGAGUAUGGGCUAUAGCCUGUUUUGCUCCUCAACGUACCGUCAGAGAGGAUGCUUUGCGUAACUUUACCCAACAAUUGCAAAAGAUCUCAAAUGAUGCUGGUAUGCCCAUAAUAGGACAACCUUGUUUCUGCAAAUAUGCCACUGGGCCUGAUCAAGUUGAGCCCAUGUUUAAAUAUCUAAAACAAUCCUUUGCCAGUUUACAAUUGGUAGUGGUGGUGUUGCCAGGCAAAACACCGGUUUAUGCUGAAGUAAAACGUGUGGGUGAUACAGUUUUGGGCAUGGCUACACAGUGUGUACAGGCUAAAAAUGUAAAUAAGACAUCGCCUCAAACACUCUCCAAUUUAUGUCUCAAAAUCAAUGUUAAAUUGGGUGGCAUCAAUUCGAUUCUGGUACCCUCUAUACGUCCUAAAGUUUUCAAUGAACCUGUCAUAUUUCUGGGUGCCGAUGUUACUCACCCACCGGCUGGUGAUAAUAAGAAACCCUCUAUUGCUGCUGUUGUAGGCUCUAUGGAUGCUCAUCCCUCACGUUAUGCCGCCACGGUACGUGUACAACAGCAUCGCCAGGAAAUCAUACAGGAGCUAUCAAGUAUGGUACGUGAAUUGCUGAUUAUGUUCUAUAAAUCGACUGGUGGCUAUAAACCACAUCGUAUAAUACUCUAUCGCGAUGGUGUAUCAGAGGGACAAUUUCCUCAUGUUUUACAACAUGAAUUGACCGCCAUACGUGAAGCUUGCAUUAAAUUAGAGGCUGAAUAUCGUCCAGGUAUUACGUUUAUUGUAGUACAAAAACGUCAUCACACUAGACUAUUUUGUGCUGAAAAGAAAGAACAGAGCGGUAAAUCGGGUAAUAUACCAGCUGGUACAACUGUCGAUGUGGGCAUUACACAUCCUACCGAGUUUGAUUUCUAUCUGUGCAGUCAUCAAGGUAUUCAGGGUACAAGUCGACCUUCUCACUAUCACGUUUUAUGGGAUGAUAAUCAUUUCGAUUCGGAUGAAUUACAAUGUUUAACAUAUCAAUUGUGCCAUACAUAUGUACGUUGUACUAGAUCGGUUUCUAUACCAGCACCGGCAUAUUAUGCACAUUUAGUUGCUUUUAGAGCAAGAUAUCACUUGGUUGAGAAAGAACAUGACUCUGGUGAGGGCUCACACCAAAGUGGCUGUUCUGAAGAUCGAACACCAGGAGCAAUGGCUAGAGCCAUUACUGUUCAUGCUGAUACCAAAAAGGUUAUGUACUUUGCUUAAAUUUACAUACAAACUAAAGUCUAUUUAUUUUACUGUUCAUUAAACGGUCUCUCUCGUACACAAUACUUACUACUAUAUUAAACACACUCUUAUGAAAGAACAAAAUGCCAAAAAAAAAAAAUUUAAAAAAGUUUACAUAAAAUCUACGAAAUUUUAAAACAAGACACAAAAUCUUCGAAUAACUCAAUACAAACACAAAUUUAAAAGCAUUUUUAACAAAUGAAGGUAUAAAAAAAGAAAAAAAAACGACAAUUAUGUACAAUAAAUAAUUGAAAUUAAUUUAAAAAGAAAUUUCUUAGAAAAAAAAGAAAGAAAUUUAAAAGGAGGAUAAAGAAAAUACACAGACAUCCAAUACAAUAUUUAUAGUUUUUUAGUAUUAAGUUUUAGAUAUUUCUUUUGUAAAAAAAACAAAAGAAAUUACACAUUUUACACUGUUUAGAAAAACAUUUAGAAAAACACAGAAUUAAAAACUAAAGAAACCAGUUGUUUUUUAAACAAAAUUAUAAAACGGAUUUGCUGAAAUUAUAUAUUGAAAAUAUUGAAGAAGAAAAAAUGUCAAACGUUUUCUAAAAACUUUAAAGAAUAAAAAGGUAAAUAGGGAUCAAUAAAAAAAAGAAAAAGAAAAAUACAGUUUUAGUUGAAAUUUUUAUAGUUUUCCUUUAAAAAAAAAGAAAGAGCGUGUGUAAAAUUUUAUUUAUUUUUUUAUUGAAAUUUUUAUGGAAAUUUUAUUUAAAACCAAAGUUUUAGUUUAUGUACUUGAUUUUUUGUUUUUCAUUAUUUUAUAAAUAUUUUGCAAAAAUGAGCUCUUUGGGUUAAAACACAAUGAAAAUUAAAGAACAUUUUAAAGGAAAAUGAAAAAAAAUUUUGGUGUGAUAGUCGUACAAUUUGUAAUUUUUAUUUAAAAUAAAUAUAAUAUAAUUAUUUGUAUUUAAACACAUACACUUACCAAAAUCAACAUAAUAAGAAAAAAGAAACAAAUGCAAUAUUUAUAAUUAAACUUAUAAAAGAAAAGAAUAAUAUUUACAAAUAAUAAACUUGACUUUCAAUUAGUUUAAAGUAUUUAUUAUACAAAAAAACGCUAGAAAUGCAAAAAAAAACAGAUUAACAACAAUGGCCUGAAACAACAAAUAAACAAACAAGCUACACCAACAACCACAACCAAUCACUUGAAUUAAUUUUAAACAAUUAAUAUUAUUAAGUUGGUUUUUACUUUAGUUUUGUUUUUCUUCCUUUUUUUUUUUUUUUGUAAUAUGAUAAGUUUUACCAAAUUGUAAUGGAAACAGCCAAGCAUAUUUAUUUGUUUUAAGUAGUUUUAGUCUUACUUUUUAUUAAUUAGUUUCUUCUCUCUUAGUUUUCUUUAUUAUCUUAUAAAACAAACAAAAUACAUAAUUUUAAUAUGGUGUACGGGUUUUUUUUAAUUACUACUAUAAUUUAACUUAAUUUUAUUUAAUUAAAUUAGCUAAAAUUUUUCUUCUUUAUUAACAAUAUCAACUAAUUAAUUCUUUUAAUUAUUAUUAUUGUUAUUAUUAUUGAAAAAUUUUACUAAAAGAGGACACAGUUGAAGUUAACAUUUGAUUUAUUUAUUUUUAAUAUACAAAACAAAAUGAAAAUAUAUAAAAUCUUUAUAAAAAAAAGCCACAACAAAAUAAACGACAGAGCAAUUCAAUUAGCCACAAAACAAAAACAAAAUCAAAUUUGUAUAAUGUAAUAUUAAUUUUAAUAUAAAUUACUUAUUUAUUUUAUAAAAAGCAUAUAAACAUACUUAUGGUUCAAUUAUGGAUAGCAACCAACAACCAACUUCAGUUCAUUUGCCAGCAUUCAACGCAACUGUUAUAAAAGAUGUUAUUAUGAACGAUAACUUACGUUAGUUGACAAAAAGUUAUCGAUAUUGUAUCAUCUUUGGUUAUUUUGACAGACAAUAACUAAAAAAAUGUAAACAAAGCAUAAAUACCAUAACAAUUUUAAAUUAAAGUUAUAUUUGUAAAAAAUGUGAAAUUAAUUCUGGGAUAAAGUGCACAUAUACACAUCCAUUUGAAUUCAGAAUCGUUUUAAUCAAGCAACCACAAUGUUCUAGUUGCCAAUUUGGCAACUGAAAUUUUGCAAAUGUCGGUUGCCAGUUGACACCUGUAAUUUCAUUUUGGCAAAUGAUAACUCAACUGAGGUUGGGUUUCUAUCCACAAUCGACUUAUUAUAUAAAUAAUUUUUUUAGGCCUUAACUAUUAUAUCCUCCUUAUAUGUGUUUAAUAGAUUUCCUUGGAAAUACUUUAACAAAUUUGCCACAGUUUUCAAAAUUACGUUCAAAAAAGUUCGCCAAAAGUGGCUGUUAUGGGGAGUUCAUUAAAAUUAAACACGAAAAAAUAGAUUUAUAGAAUAAACAUAUAAAAAACGUGUAAUCCUUUUGACAGUUUUACACAACACCCCUAUCGCCAAUCAAAAUCAAUCAAUCCAUGAGUUUAAUGUAUUCGAAAAACCCUAUUGUUGUAACGUUAGGCGAUUCUCUUUAAUACAUCCAUUCGAAGACCCAAAGGGUACAUUGUGAUUACCUUUAAGAAAGAACAAAGAAUAUAGAAACAAAGCAGAAUGAGAAUGAGAGGAAGAAAGAUAUGAAGAGUGAAAAUCCUCCCCCCAAAAAGUGAAAAGGAAGAAAAUGGACAAGGAAGGGAAGUCUCUAGUUUGUGUUACCAAUAUAUGUAUGUAUAUCCCUUGAUGAAAUCUAGAAUGUCCAGCAAGUUACACUCAGCUACAUGACCGCGUUCAUCUUUGAAUCUUUUACCUAACCAUUUCAGCCUUAAACUCUAGGACAGUGGCAUAAAGUAAACUGUAACUGUUUCUAGCUCUUCUCCUCGUCUUCAUACAAUCUACAAAAGUUAAGCGUGUUAAAGUCUAAAUAAGAUCUAAAGGCUUCAAUUGCACAGUGAUCGGUUUCCCUACCCAAAUCCUGAUACUCUUCCUCUCCCUAAUAGUAUUCUGGUUGCUUUUGAGUUCAACUUCGGUCCUAGUGCCUUAGAAAACCUGCAAUCCAUUAUACUGUCUCAGGAUCGGUAGGUAGAGUCUUUGAAUUAUACAGAGAUUAGUCUAUAGUAA